UUAAUUUUAAUUUUGGAAAUUCUUUAAUUUUGGUUAUUUUUAUACAUAUACACUAUAAUACAAAAAUGAGCAACAAGAAAAAUAAUGUUUUACAAACACCGUUAUGUUCAACAACAAUUGCUAAUAAAUUGUUUGCAGUUACUAAUUUACCUCAAAAUUACAGAGACUUAUUUUCAAAUUAUACCCAUUUUAAUAGAAUUCAAACAACUAGCAUCGAAACUUUAUUAUACACAGACAAUUCUGUCGUUGUUUGUGCACCUACUGGAUGUGGAAAAACAGUUAUAUUUGAAAUAGCCAUAGUACGACUACUUGAAUCUUGUAAUAAAACUAACGAUGAAAUUAGAAGAAUAAAAAUUAUUUAUGUUGCUCCAAUCAAAGCUAUAUGCUCUGAGCGUUAUCAAGAUUGGCAUAACAAAUUUUCGAAACACGGUUUAACGAGUAUUGAAAUAACUGGCGACACUGAAUCUUUUGUGGAUAGUUCUAUUAUUUCUCAAUAUCAAAUUAUAAUUACUACUCCAGAAAAAUUGGAUUUAUUAAUGAGGCGUUCAAAUUUUAUUUAUAAUUCGACACUUUUUAAUGCGUUCAAACUUUUUUUGAUAGAUGAAGUCCAUAUAUUAAAUGAGUAUAUUCGUGGUACUACUUUGGAAUCAAUUGUGUGUCGUUUAAAGUUAUUACAAAAUACAACAAAAUCACUUCGUUUUAUUGCUGUGUCAGCUACAUUAUCAAACGUAGAAGAUAUUGCAAAUUGGUUGAGUGUAGAUUCAAAAAAACCCGCUUACUGUUUCAGAGCGAAUGAAGAUGAAAGACCUGUAAAACUUAAAAAAAUUGUUAAAGGAUAUUGUAGCAGUACAAAUGGCUUUGGUUUUGAUUUGCAUCUUUCGUAUAAAAUUGAGCCAUUAAUUAAGAAGUAUUCGAACAAUCGCCCUACUUUAAUUUUUUGUUCAACAAGAAUGAGUGUGCAGACAACAAGUGAAAUUCUAUCGAGAAAUUUAAAUAUUCCUUUAUGUGAGGAAACGAGGAAUAUUAUUGAUUUAUGUACCAAAAAUUUACGCGAUGAUAAACUGAGAGAUGUUAUAAGAUUCGGUGUUGGUUUUCAUCAUGCAGGCAUGGUAACGAAAGAUAGAGGUUGUGUGGAGCAACUUUUUAGAAGUGGUCAUCUACCAGUCUUAGUUACUACAAGCACAUUAGCUAUGGGAGUGAAUUUCCCAGCACAUUUAGUAAUUAUUAAAUCUACUGAACAUUAUGAUUUUAAUGAAUAUAAAGAAUAUCCACAAAGCCAAAUAUUGCAAAUGAUUGGAAGAGCUGGUAGGCCUCAGUACGAUGAAACUGCAACUGCUAUAAUUAUGACCAGGAAUUCAACCAAGGAAAAGUAUGAAAUUUUACUGGCUGGUAAUUGUUUAGUAGAAAGCAAUCUUCAUAAAAAUCUCAUCGAUCAUUUAAAUACAGAAAUAUCAUGUAGAACAAUCGACGAUGUAUCCGUCGUAAAAAAUUGGAUCCGUUCUACAUUUCUGUACGUGCGUGCAUGCAAAUCACCCCAAAACUACUCAAUGCUACAUAGUCUUAACCCUAAAGAAGUUGAAAAUCAACUUCACAAUUUAUGCCUAGAAGAAAUUAAAAAAUUAUUUUACAAUGGACUAGUCAAUGUAAUUGAAGAACGUAUGAUCUAUCCGAAUGCAGAGGGAGAAAUAAUGGCAAAAUAUAUGAUCAGUUUUGAAACAAUUAAAACCUUUAUGACGUUAAAGGGAAAUGAAGAUUUGAGAGAAUUGAUUAGAAUAUUAGCUAAUUGUAAAGAAUUCGAAAGUAUUAAAUUAAGAAAUAAAGAAAAACGUAUACUUAACAAUUGGAAUAAAAGCGAAUCAACAGAUGACAAGACCAUUAGAUUUCCCAUCGAAGGAGGAAUUAAAACCAGGCAGGAUAAAAUUAAUUGUCUCUUACAAGCAACACUUGGAUCUUUAAAUAUAACAGACAAGUUACUGGCGCAAGAUGCAAACAGAAUAGAAAAAAUAUCUAUUUGUUUGGCUAAUGCAUUAAAAGAAAUAGUCCCUAAGAAAAAUAAUUUUAUUGGUGCUCGCGCAACUUGUAUUUUAUUGAAAUGUGUAAAUGUCAAACUUUGGGAGAACUCAAAACAUAUAACCAAACAAAUGACUGGGAUAGGGCCAAUUUUGUCCGAAUUUUUAGUUAAAAAUGAAAUAAUUUCAAUCCAGGCGAUAUUAAACACAAAUCCUAGAGAUAUAGAGCGAAUUUUAGGUCGAUUGCCACCAUUCGGAAAUCGUAUUAAAAAUUUCAUAAAACAAAUUCCAAUGUAUAAACUAUUAAUUUCGUAUAAGAAAAAUUCGAAUAAUAUAAAUUUUGAAAUUUCUUUGAUGAAUCCAGAGAAUGUAGUUAAGAGAUCACGAGAUACAGUUGCCUUAUUGGUAGGCGAUUCAAUUAACUGCCUUUUAAAAAUUCUUCAUAAACAAAAUGUAGAUUUUUUCAAAGAUGAAAGCCAAGUCGUUCGCACUUCGGUAUAUCUAGAGAAUCUCAACAAACCAAAUGUCAAGGGUCAUAAUUACUCAAUUGCUGUGUGUCUAAUUAGUGAUAAAUGGGUGGGAAACGAUAUCGAAAUCAUAUUACCCUUGAUAAACAAUUCCGAUUUUACUAAAGUUGUGAUGAGCGGAGAAAAUGAUUCAUUAGAUGUUUCUCAACAAAUAGAAAUAACCAAUUUUAUGAAAAAGAAAAACAGUUCUUUCUUUGAUAUAGAAAAUAAAACAAUUGGUAACAUAAAUGUUGAAAAUAAUGAUUUUUCUGCAGAAAAUAAAAACCUAGCUCAGGUUGAAAAAAAUUAUUCAAGUGAUAACAUUGCUGUAUUUGAUGAACAUAAUUCAAUCAAUGAGUUCUUUGAAGGGGACAAUUUAGAUUACAUUUUUACGAAUAUUGAUGACUACAGUGAUAAUAGUGACAGCUUUUCAUUAAAUUCGAGUAAAAAUCAAAUAAAUACCACAAUUGAAAAUCAAUCUGAACAAAAAAAGAAUUAUUUAAAGAGCGACAAUUUUAAGAAGUUUGAAAUACCAUCGUUGAAAAUUCCUAUUCAGUCUGAAAUUAGAAAAAUAAAUUUACAAUUAAACAAAGAAAAUCCCAGUAAACCAAAAGAAAAUACCAAGUCUUUGUCACAGCGUAUACAUGAUAACCUUAAAACUGUUGAAUGUUGUGCUUAUUCGUCUCUUCCUACAUUUUAUCCGAGUAAAUUAAAAAAUAAUGAAAAUACUGUAGAAAAACCAAAGAAAUCAGAUUUAUUUAUCCAAUCCAACUUGAAAAUGAAUUUUGAACAAGAUAUUAAAGAAAAAUUAGUAAAUAAAAUAUUUUUACCGAGUACUACAAAAUUUACACAAAAGACUAUUGACUGUUAUUUUAAACAGUCCAAAAAGCCAAUAAAGAGGCUUAGUAAUUUAAAAUUUAGCGAUUUUCUUAGAGAUAAAAGCGAAUCUAGUGAAUUUACAAAUAAUGAUACAGGAACUGUUGAAAAACAAACAUCAGAUCUAAGUCUAUUUAAGCAUUUUCAAAAUAGUCAAAAGUUAACAUUAAAGUUAAUGAAUUCAUCAAAAUUUAACCAGGACAAAUCAAUUAAAAAUAACUUAUGAUUUUUAAUAUUUCCUGUAGUAAUUAACAAAUAUUAACAAAUCAAUAAUUUUAAUUAUUUAUCAUGAUAAAACAACUUUAAUCAAAACAAUUUCAAUUUUAUGUGGAGCUAUUUUUUAUUUUCAAAAUUUUUUUACAACUAUACAAUACAUUUUACAUAUAUUUAAUAAAAAUGUAUAGUUAUGAUAUUGUGAAUGUUUGUCUGACAUAAUUUGAUGUAAAUUUCCCUACAUUUUACUUUUUUGUUGAAACGAAAAAACUCAAUAAAUUUUUUUUAAUUGGAAAUUUACCCAGUAAUGUGUUAGUAACAUGUA